AUGAAAACUCUUUUAAUUACUCUUGCUAUUAUUUCACUUUGUGCUGCAGAGAAUAUUAAAUGCACUGAAUAACAAAAGAAAGCUGAAGCUUGUACUUAUGAAUAUGAGCCUGUCUGUGGUGUUAAAGUUGACUAAACUAGCUUAUACAUCUAAUCCAAAGAGACUUAUGGAAAUAAAUGUUCUGCUUGUGCUACAGAAGGAGUUGAAUUUUAUGCUGUUGGCAAAUGCGAAGAAUACCCUGAAAAUGCUGUAUUUUGUCACCCUGAUAUCUCUUCAUAAUAAUUAGGUUGCACUAGAGAAUACUAUCCUGUUUGUGGCUACUUUGACGAAUCCAUAAAAUGCAGAAAAGCUCCAUGUGGAUCAAAUUACAGCAACAAAUGCGCAGCUUGCAUCAAUAAAGAAGUUAAUUACUACUUAAAUGGUUUUUGCUGA